UAUGUUUUGGUUUAUGAAUAUAUAUAUACCCCACACACACAUGGUGAGGUCGGUAGAAUUAAUGACCAUGUCGACUAGCCGAGAACAACGGUGGUCUCUCAAGGGAAUGACCGCCCUUGUCACCGGUGGCACCAAAGGCAUCGGUUAUGCAAUAGUGGAGGAACUAGCCGGAUUCGGUGCAGCCGUGCAUACUUGUUCCAGAAACCAAAAGGAGAUCAAUGAACGAUUGGAAGAAUGGAAAGGCAAAGGGUAUGAAGUAACCGCGUCCGUCUGUGAUUUGUCUUUGAAAGAAAAUAGAGAGGAGCUCAUCAAGGUCGUCUCAUCGGUUUUUAGUGGCAGACUUAAUAUCCUUAUAAACAAUGCUGCAUCGACGUUACUCAAGGAUGCAACACAACAUACACUCGAGGAUUACGCAUCUAUAAUGAGGACCAAUGUUGAAUCACCCUACCACUUGACUCAACUCGCACACCCGUUGCUCAAAGCAUCAGGCAACGCUAGCAUCGUUUUUAUCUCUUCGGUUGCUGGUGUCACGGCUCUUCCUUCUAUAUCUGUAUAUGCAGCAUCUAAAGCUGCAAUCAAUCAGUUGACCAAGAACUUGGCUUGUGAGUGGGCCAAAGACAAUAUUCGCACCAAUACCGUUGCCCCAUGGGGUGUCAAAACUACUAUUCAGAGUCUCGAGAAGGUUGAUGACAAAAUUAUUGAAGCGUAUGGCGCGUUGAUGGCCCGCACUCCACUUCGACCAAUAGCAGAACCUGAUGAAAUAUCGCCAUUGGUUGCAUUUCUUUGCCUCCCAGGAGCAUCCUUUAUUUCUGGACAGGUUAUUGUUGUGGAUGCCGGAUACACAGCUGGUGGUUUCAAACAACCUUGAAGCUAGAGUUACUUUUGUAUGAGUUUGUGUAGUCAUCACCUUUGUUAUAUUUUGAACAUAUAAGUAUGCGACCUAAGUAUCACUAUGAUAAAAAUGUUUUAUGAUAUUACUGUUGGUGAAAUUGCUAAUGAUUUAUAAGGUUUGAUUGAAA